AUGGGACGAGUGAUCCGUGCUCAACGUAAGAGCGGUGGUAUUUUCACCGCGCACACGCGCCUGAACAAGGCGCCGGCAAAGCUGCGCCCGUACGACUUUGCCGAGCGCAACGGUUACAUCCGUGGCCUUGUCAAGGAGAUCAUCCACGACGCUGGCCGUGGUGCACCUCUUGCACACGUCACCUUCCGUGACCCCUACAGGUACAAGAUGGUUACAGAGACCUUUAUUGCCGCCGAGGGUAUGCACACCGGCCAGUUUGUCUACUGCGGUAAGAAGGCUACCCUGAGUGUCGGCAACGUGCUCCCGCUCAGCUCGCUCCCUGAGGGUACUAUUGUCUGCAACGUCGAGGAGAAGUCUGGUGACCGUGGUGCGCUUGCGCGUACCUCGGGCAACUAUGCUACGAUCAUCGGCCAGGACCCCGAACACAACACUUGCCGCAUCCGUCUUCCUUCCGGUGCAAAGAAGACCGUGCCUGACUCGUCUCGCGCCACGGUCGGCGUGGUUGCUGGUGGUGGCCGUAUUGACAAGCCCCUCUUGAAGGCUGGCCGUGCCUUCCACAAGUACAAGGUCAAGCGCAACAGCUGGCCCCGCACUCGUGGUGUGGCUAUGAACCCCGUCGAUCACCCGCACGGUGGUGGUAACCAUCAGCACAUUGGUCACUCUUCUACCGUGAAGCGUGACUCCGUCCCCGGUCAGAAGGCCGGUCUUAUUGCUGCGCGCCGCACUGGUCUCCACCGCGGUACGAUCAAGUCGCGCGACGCUUGA